GGUAUAUUUGUGAGGGUCAGGCGGUAUAUUUCAUCGAAAACUCCACGGUCACACUGAGCACUGGGCAAAAACAGCGGUUUGACGAUUUUCCGCAACAAAUUCCAUUUUUUCCACUCCAAAAAGAAAAAAGCGAAAUAUGUCGUUCGUGAAGAAUGCCCGUUUCUUGGCCGCACGCGGCGCUCGCCUUGCCCAGUCCCGUGCCUACUCGGACGAGAUGAAGCUGACCUUUGCUGCUGCCAACAAGACCUUCUACGAUGCCACCGUGGUGCGCCAAAUCGAUGUGCCCUCCUUCAGCGGCGCAUUCGGCAUUCUGGCCAAGCAUGUGCCCACAUUGGCUGUGCUGAAGCCCGGUGUUGUCCAGGUUGUGGAGAACGAUGGCAAGACAACCAAAUACUUUGUCUCCAGCGGUUCGGUGACAGUCAACGAGGACUCAUCCGUUCAGGUGCUCGCCGAGGAAGCCCACAACAUUGCGGACAUUGACAUCUCCGAGGCCAGACAGCUGCUGUCCAAAUAUCAGUCCCAGCUGAGCUCCGCUGGUGACGAUAAGGCCAAGGCAGAGGCUGCCAUUGCCGUUGAAGUUGCUGAGGCGUUAGUCAAAGCUGCCGAAUAGACGUAAUCACAACCACAAACAGCAUCCAAACAUUUGCUAAAGCAUUGCGUUUAAAUUAAAAAAAAAAAAACACAAAC